AUGCAUCUCCUCCUGAUCUUUGGGCUUGUGCUUCUCCCUAAAGCCUACACUCUGAAAUGUUAUGAGUGUGUGUCGGGGGACUCAGGAUCCUGCACAGAAAAGGUAUGCCCAUCACAGGGUCAACAGUGUGGCGCUCUAAGAUUCCUUUCAUAUACAGGUAGUUUAAAAGUUAGUGAUAUCAACGUGAAAACUUGUGCUUUGGCCGAACAGUGUGUUGGGGGAUCACUCAACAUUGGAAUCAGCAGAACGAUAAUUACCAGCAAGUGUUGCACCUCUGAUCUCUGCAACAUUCAACCUGCCCCAGAUGCCAGCAAAUCCAUCCCCAAUGGUAGAAAGUGCUUCAGUUGUGAUGGACAACAGUGCAAUGCAACUCUGAAGUGCAAGGGGAAUGAGGACCACUGUAUCUCCACAACAGUGACUUCCGGAAGAGAAAAGAUGAUCGUGAAGGGCUGUGCUUCCAGCCAGAUGUGCGCAAGCAAGCAAACUGCACGGAUCACAGGAUCCACUGGAGAAGAAAUUGACUGCUGUCAGGGCGACUACUGCAACAGCGCCAGCGGCACAAGCGCUGGCCUUCUGCUCCUGGUGGCACCGCUGAUCUCUUUGGUCAAGUUCUCUUAA